UUUAAAAUGUAGAAUAGAUUUUUAAAUUACACUCUAGUUUUGUUAUAAAUUGAAAUUCCAAAUGUCAGAAACCUUCUACUCGAAUGUUGAAUUUUACUAAAAUUAUUUUUUUAAUUUUAUAUAUAUUUGUAAAAUGAAUUUGAAUAAAGAUAAAUGACAGCAGCCAAUUAGACACAAGUUUAGCUUCCAGUGGGCGUGGCUUGUGAUAAUGGUCCUCACAAAAAUCCCAACCGGUUGUCUGGUGAUGCAACUAGCCGCCAUUUCAAAGCGAAAGGGAACUAAAGAAAAUGAUGGAUAUUUUGUACAUUUUUUUUAAUUGUGUAAUAUACUUUUGUUUUUCAUAGUGAGUAGAGGUAUUUUUUUAAUUUUCAUUUUUUUUAAUACCCCACCCGCGUUGUCGAGUGAAAUGGAAAUAGCUACAGAAGGAAAAAUGGCUUCAAAGACAGAAUCUGAGAAGCCUGUAACAGAAAGCAAACACAGGUUUCGUCGUGGGUCCAAAGGCCGUGGUCAUGGCAAAGGGGUUCUUAUGAAUCGGGGUGGCACACGUGGUGGGAGAGCAAUGAUGAAAGUCUUAAUCCCACCUGGACGAGGAAGGGGUCAAGGCAAAGAUGGAGCCAUAAACGGAUUUGCACCCAUGAGACGAAUGGUGAGGAUGCGGCCUUACCCAGAACUUAGAGGUCAUCGAGGUAGGGGUGGACCAAUGGGUAUGCGUCCUCUUCCUCUCCCACCGCUUCCCAUGCAUUUCAGAGACCCCUUCCUACCAAUGCCAAGGCACCGGCUCCCUCCUCCACCACCACCACCGCCACCACCUCGAGGUCAUCCAGCAUUUGGAGUGCGUCCACCUCACCCUCGAGGCCGCGGUAUGCCGCCUCCGAGGUCUCCACACUACUUCAGCCCCCGAGGACUGAGAGGGGGGGCACACAGUACAGUUAUCCUCCCAGGCCAAAGGAACCCUGGAUCUCCCUCACAUCUCUCCCUUCCCCUCCACCUAUGGUGUGACACCUGAGGUCCAGCACAUGAUUUAAAAAGGUGAGCUGCCUCUCAUGUCUCUAACCAGCCUCUACUUCUCUGAUGCCUGGAUGAUCUCUGCUUCAGGACUGAAGAUGAAACUUAAAGUAAGUGAAAUACAAAUAGUUAAGGGUUCACCAGAUAUAGCAAUUUCAUUGAUGGCUGUAAAACGGUUGUUUUUAAAGAAUCUGCUUCAUGCAGGAGCACAUAUUGUUUGAAGUCUGGACUGACAUACACACCACAGUACCUACAUAAAAGUACUCAUCCUCUGGUGGCUUCAAAUGUGUGAUUGUUUUGACAUAAAAGGCAAAAGAAAAAUUCAGGCAGUGUGGUGGUUCUGCUCAGGUGUAGCAGACCGAAUGGUCCCCCCUAAAAAUCGGUCUGCCCUGCCUUCACUGCACGUCAUUUCUGAGAGUCACCAGCGUUUCGCUGAUUAUCACCUCAUUUCCUCUUAAAACUGCACUCCAGUCAUCAUCUGUCUCAGCGACAGAUAUCUGAACUUUUGUCCAACAAUCAUUUCCACAU